UGUCUCCUGUAUUACAGUUUGUACAUAGGUUUCUGGGGCUUGUCUCAGUUCUUAUCAUUGAUUACGGGUGUUAAUGGUAUGAAGUAAUGAUGAUUAGGGUGUGUUCUAAGCGUGAUUCUUGUCCUGUAGUCUGCAAAUUGGUCGUGGAUCUCUUGGUAGGUACCUAGGCCUAGGAUAUAGGAGUGUGUUUCAGACUUUAGUUCUUAUCAGUUAAAUUAGUGAUAAUUAGUGUUAAUUGGGCAAAGUGGGGUUGAAACUUGUAAACAUUUUUCAUACGGCUACUUGAAAAUGUCCCUUUCAUUCACUGUUGUCCUGUAGUAUACAUUUUGAUACAGUUUUAGAGGCUUUCUUUGUACGUGGAGGUAUUUGUGGAAUGCGGCUUAUUGACAAUUACUCGAUCUCUUAAUUGGGUCAACAGUUUUUGUGUUUACGUUCAGACUUCAGUCCUCUCAUUCUCUCCUUGUGUUUCUGAUCUGUUGAACUGCUGAUACGGGCCUUUUUAAUGACGUUUUAUCGAUGGAGCAGAUCCUCCUUCGGCCGGGAAAAUACUACAAAGCCUGUCAAAGAAGGAAUGAAGAUAGAUAGUAUGCCGGAGGAAGUUACAUCUCCAUAUGCAGAGAGAAGGUUGGAACGGAGGGCCAAGUCGAAGGAGAGGGCAAAGUCACGUGAUAGAAUCAAACAGAGACAAGAGGCAUCUUACAAAAGUGUCGACACAUACAAAGAAACAACAAAAAAGGAAACUUUCAUCGAAGUUAAAAGUUCCAGCUACACCUCAUCAGAGAUAAAAACCAGCUUUUCUUCAUCAGAAAUAAAAUCAACCCGAUUAGACGACAUCCUGAAGUCCGUGACGACGAGCCCGGAGCCACCCCGGAAGAGCAUAACCAGUCCGGAAUUACCACCCCGGAAGAGUGUAACCAGUCCGGAACCUCCCCGGAGGAACGGGAAAAGUGGAGGGGAAGCUCCUCCCCCUCCUCCUCCUGCACGGACUGAGUCACGUGAUAUAAAGCAGAUUCUAGCUACUCACAGGAGUAGACCAAGGAGACCGUUAAACGACCCUGGACGCAAUCAGAAUGGAGCCUUCUCACCUCCUCCAAUGUCUCCUGAGCCAGUGAAAUCACCCGGACCAACCUACAAGCUACCCAAGAAAAAAGCCACACCCAAGAAAGUAGCGGAAGCGCCUCCUCCACCCAUUGUGAAGCCUGUAGCUGUGGCUACUGUUAAAGCAGAGCCUCCGCCUCCGCCGCCAAUGUCUCCUCCUCCAGAGGAAGAAGAUGAUACCGAGAACAUUCUAGAUAAACUGAGGAAACGACAAAAAGAUAAGCUUCUCAACAAUAAACCAGGUUGCUGUUCCCACGACCGUUGCAAGCCAGCAGGAGAUAACCCAGACCAAGGUCCCAGACUUCACACAUGGCCCUGUCUGUUAUCCAGAUAUAACGGAGACCCUGAUGCUGAACCAAAGACGAUGUCACCCCCUGGUGAUGAUCUGGAGAAACAAACGCUGGACUCUCUGGAGGGGCUCACCUCCGUGAUAGUAAAAGAGAGGGAUACAGCACGUAAAGAACGCGACGGAGCCAGAGCACAGUGUGCCUCUUUUCUGAACGAGUAUGAUGGUCGCAGGCAAGCCUGGCAAAACCAACUAAAUGUGGUCAAGAUUAGACUGGAGCAUUACGCCAGGCGUCAUGACAAGCUGCGUAACGAUAUUGUAAAGCAACACGAAAAGUUCGAUAUAGAACGUUCCAGAAUGAAGGAGAGACACGCUAACCAGAUCGAGGGAUUAUUUGGAGAUUUGUUCAAUAAAAUAAAAUCAGAUGAUCAGUAUGUUGGUUCAAGUACAGGACUAGAUGAAGUUAACUACAGACUUCAAGCUUUUAUGGAAUUGUGGAAGGGUUUGGCCCAUGAUGUCGAUGAUCUUUAUGAUAAGGAGCAUUAUUGUCUGCGACUAUGCGAAACCGUUAAAAGUCUGCAAGAACAGAUAAAUCAUCAGAACAAAAUAAUAUCGCAGUUAGCCAAGGGCGUGCCAAUCAACGUUCCUCCUCCUACGGACGAAAAAGACCUCCCACCACCCAACAUCAACGUAAUCAUCGACCAUCACAAAUGGGAAACAGUCAACUCAAACCAUACUACCACCAUAAACCACACCACAAUUAACAAGGACACCAGUCUCCCUAGAUUUGACGAGUAUGAGAAACUCGGCAGCCUCCUACCCCCAGAAGAUGGUCUGUCAUGCGAGGAUAUUCUCAGUCAGUUUGCUCCCAUAGAAGAUACAUUCGACAAUUUGAAACUGUCGUUAGAUCGGCCCAAACCCAAGAAAAAGUCUGUGGCAACCAGUCCUCUACCAGCAUCGGAACCAGAUCCAAUCAUGAUUGAAGUCAGAGAUAUUCCCUGCCAAAACUCAGCUCCUCUACCAAAACCUUCCAUUAAUAUCAACAAAAGUAUCGAUGAUUAUAACCAACAACCCGAUUUACCAAUCAAAUUAGACCCGGAAGAUUAUCGUAAGAAACAAGAGCCCGAGACUCCUGUAAUUGAGCUGGACACGGCUCCUGUAGUCAAGGCACUGAAACCAUUUCAAUAUGAGCCUAUGUUUGAUGAACCUGUAAAACAGACUCCUUUAGAGACCACAUUAGACGACCCUGCCACCAGUCCUCCAAUGGAGACCAUAUUGAAUGUGACAGCUGUUACGGUACCAAAGGAGACCACAAUAGAUGAUCCAGCUCCUGCUCCUAAGAAGAAGAGGAAGAAAAAGAAGAAGGUAGCUCCCCCACCAGAACCAGAACCAGUGGUUGAAGUGGAGCCAGAACCUGAACCCGCACCUCUUAUCGAGAUUGAAGUGUCUGUGCCUGUUUUGGCUAUGAGAGAUCCUUCGCCAACACCGUCAUUUAGAAGACGUAGGGCUAGUAUGGAGAGUGUAAAGGAUUUCUCUAUCAUGGGUGACCCUGACUUAGAAGAAGCCAUGUCCCCACCACCUCUUCCCGCUACGCCAAAAGAAACCACUCUGGAUGAUCCUGCUACAUCGCCAACAUCCUCCGUCGCCUCUCCUAAACCAGAAGAGAAGAAAAAGAAAUGGAAGCCGUCCAUGCCGAUCUUCAACAAGAAGUUACCGAAGGCAGCGCCACCUCCAGAACCUGAACCUGAACCUGAACCCGAGGUCGCCAGUUCUGCAUCGUCGUCAGAAUCGGAUUCUGAAGCAGAAGAAGCACCCUCCGUAGCACCAUCAAACCCCAACGAAGAGGACGGUCCCCCUCAAUCUCGGAACAAACGCGCGAAAUCCCUGCCUAGAUUCAGGGAUCCCUCGUUACCGAGGAACAUGGCCUCAGUCAAUAUGAAGCGUGCUCAGUCAUCGACGAGACUUAAAGAAUCAGAUGAUGAUUCAGACUCGGACGACUCUGAUAUCAGGAGUCUUAUUGAGAGCGUAUACAUGCCACUGCACAUGACACCAACGUCGAGAGCUGGAUCCAGGAAAAACGUAGCUGACGAUGCCAAAUCAGAAGCUAGCUCUUUCGCUCGAAGAAACAAGAUGCCUGGCUCCAUGGGGUGGUUAGAUAGCAACAAAGCGAACACCUCCGACGAGUCCAGCUCUGACUACAGUGACAGCGAGUCAGAAACCAGUGACAGUGACGUGUCCGACAGUGACGUGGAUGAACAGGGAAGCGGACCUGAGGAAGAAGAUGAAGGAGAAAGCAGCUCAGAAAGUGACGGCUCCGACAAUUCCUCGAUAGGUGAUAGUGUUGUAGCAGAAUUGGUAGCAGACCCUGAAUUGCCAGACCACCCUCCUAGCAAUCGCAACUCCAUGCUCGACUCCAUAAUGAAGGAUUUCGACGAUCAAUCUAAAGACUUGUUCAACUCAUCUAUAGCGUCUUCUCAACCGAGUAUGAGAGGAGAGAUCCUGAUAUGAGCAUGGGCCUUUGCCAGGGCCCUGUUGAGCCAGGGUUGCUAAGUGACUGUACGCGCGGCGCAUUUUCUGCACGUGCUGUUGCGCAUUUCCCAUUCCAUACCUGCACGAUCAUUAGGGUUUUGUUAUGGAGCGUAUUUUGAUCAGACAUUACAUUAGGGUUUUUAAUAAUCAUUGCUUUCUGCCGGACCUUAUAGAAGUUUGAGAGGCAUUUUUAUCGACUCAAAACAGGCAACUUAAAUGAAAUCUAUUCCGACACAAAGUAUAUUUUUGGACAAUGAAAGGCUUUACAUUAUUAUAGCUACGAACUUUAGCCAGAAGAUUUUAUUUUCAAAUUAUUUUUGUACACUAUUAUCAUUUAAGAAACCAGAGAUCUAUCAGUGUAAAUCCUUUGUGAACAUUUUGCGUUUCAUGCAAAUUGAUAUUACGGUGUGGACGAUGUUUUGAUUCUUGAUUAUGUUUUGAAUUUAUUUCCAGUUGCGUAUAAUUAUUCAACCAAUUAUGUUUAGCCUUUAGGAUUAAAAUUAAUUUGUUAUGAGGAAUCGACGAUUACGUUACUUAUAUAACUUCUACUAUGCACGAAUACUUUGAUGAUGUAAUGUGUCACCGGCCAUGCCUUAUCAUACUAAUCUGAUAGAAUUAACUUAAUUAACUUAAUUAAGUUUAAGGGUUUUGAUGGAAAAUAAAGAUCUUCUUGGAAUGCAAUAUCCCAUUAAAGUGCUAAAAGUAUUCUUUAUCGACUUAAGAUCCAGUGAUAAGCAACCUACUGUUUAUGUUUAUUCUUAUUGAGAUCAAUUUUUACUGAAAAAAUAUGCAAAAAUAAUUCGUUUGCAGCGCACGGUUUGAUUACAUAGUAUUAGGUAAGAAAUUAUUAAUUUGACGAACCGUUUUUAAGCUUAAAAUGAAAUUGUAAUGUAUUACAAAUAUAUAUGACAGAUUUUAUUUUACAGAUUAAAAA